CAAUCACAGCUGCGCUUAUGUGCAGUGGGUGGUACCAACAUGGCGGCUCUCUGAGUUUCCGAAGAGGAAUUGAGGUGUAAAUAAACUCUUCGUGCACAAUUUGCACAACUUAUCAGCAUAUUUCUCUAAAUUAAUUUUUGAGCGAGAACUCUGAAGCCAAAAGAUGUCAGCUGACGGCAACAAAAAACAGUUCUGGAAGAGAAACACAGCCAAGGUUCCUGGGAAUAUCCAGCAUGUUUAUGGAGCCCAACAUCCUCCCUUUGACCCUCUGCUACAUGCCAAUCUGAUAAAAGCAGGGAACAAGCCUCCGUCUUCCACUACGCCAGGAAAACCAAAGAAAGCCACCACCUUCCAAGAGUUCGAGAGCAUCACCAGUGACGCCUGGGAUGUGGGAGAUGAUGAUGAUGAACUUCUCGCCAUGGCAGCCCAAAAUCUCAACAUCGAGGUCGUCAUGGAGACGGCCAAUAAGGUGAUAGAAAACCACAGCAAGCUGCAGGAAAGAAGACAGCAGCAGAUGGAUAGCAUGACUGAGCCUGAUGGGAAAGACGGAGAGGAAGCGCACGAGGAAGAGGAGGAAGAAGAGGAGGAGAGAGAGGAGGGGGUAGAGACGACAACUGAUCUGUCUUUCGGCUCAGAGGCUCUUCCACUCAGUGACAACAGACUGGUGAAGUCCCACAGUGAAGCUCCUGUCGGCUCGCCUAAAGAAGUGGGCGUUGAACAGGCAGCACUACACAGGCAGCAGUCACUCCCGCACAGGCCCACGAUUCCACUGGUGGCCCGCAUGGCGGAUCAGAACACAUCCGGGACUCCUGUCAUGACCGAGAGAGAGGCGUCAAGACUCGACAAGUUCAGACAGGUUCUGGCCGGCCCUAAUACUGAUCUGGAUGAACUUCGGAAGUUGAGCUGGUCUGGAAUUCCGCGGCAGGUGCGCCCGAUUACAUGGAAGCUCCUCUCAGGGUACCUGCCUGCCAAUGCAGAGCGGAGGGAAAGCACUUUGCAGAGGAAGCGGCAGGAAUACUUUGGCUUUAUCGAGCAGUACUAUGACUCCCGCAACGACGAACACCAUCAGGACACAUACAGACAGAUUCACAUAGAUAUUCCCCGAAUGAGUCCGGAAAGUUUAGUUCUACAGCCCAAGGUCACCGAGAUUCACAUUGACAUACCGAGAACUAAUCCUCUUAUACCUCUCUUUCAACAAGCUUCUGUGCAAGAGAUCUUUGAGCGAAUUCUGUUCAUCUGGGCAAUACGACAUCCAGCAAGUGGAUACGUUCAGGGGAUCAAUGACCUUGUCACACCCUUCUUUGUGGUUUAUGUUUUCGAGUAUAUUGAGGAAGAGGUGGAAAAUUUCAAUGUUUCCAGCUUACAGGAAGAGGUGUUGCGGAACAUCGAGGCUGACAGCUUCUGGUGCAUGAGCAAGCUCCUGGACGGGAUUCAGGACAACUACACCUUUGCCCAGCCUGGUAUUCAGAGGAAAGUGAAGGCACUGGAGGAGCUGGUCAGCCGGAUUGAUGAGAUGGUACAUCGCCACAUGCAGCAGUAUGAGGUGGAGUAUUUGCAGUUUGCUUUCCGUUGGAUGAACAACUUGCUUAUGAGAGAACUUCCUCUACGCUGCACCAUUCGCCUGUGGGACACUUAUCAGGCGGAGCCUGAAGGAUUCUCUCAUUUCCAUUUGUACGUGUGUGCUGCCUUCCUGGUGCGAUGGAGGAAAGAGAUACUAGAAGAAAGAGAUUUCCAGGGUCUAAUGAUUCUGCUCCAGAAUCUACCUACAAUGCACUGGGGAAAUGAGGAAGUUAGCGUUCUCCUAGCUGAAGCUUACCGGCUGAAGUUUGCCUUUGCCGACGCCCCUAACCAUUACAAAAGAUGAGGCUUCGCCCAGCACAGUCACUGAAUAUGACAACCCCUACUGACCUCGGAGGCGCCACUGUCCGUGUGAUGAUACUGAAGUGAAACAGUGACAUUUUUUAUGGGGGUGGGAAUGUGUACAGUGGACUUCAACUGUUCCUGGAAUUUUUCCACACUUCUACUAAUAUAAGCACUCCGAAUGCCAUGAGUCAACCGGAUGUCAAAAUCAUGCGCUCUUCAAAUACACUCAUUUAAUCUGUUUCUUUUUUUUUCUUCUUCUUCUUGAAUUUAAUCUCAACCAAUUCCAAGAUUUUGUUUUUUCAUGCACUGAAUCUGCAUAAAAGUUAAUUUAGACGGCAGGAUUCCGCAAUACUAGAAUGGAACAGUAGGAUGGAUGCUGGCCCAAUUGAUUCAUGGCAAUAAUCAGACAUUACUGAGAAAACAUGGUUUAUAAACAUUCGCAGUAAGAUCGUUUGGUUUAAACAGCGCCUACGAACUCUUAUUUUAACCAUCGUCUACCUCAGGAAGUGGCCAGAAUAUGUAGGGUGAUCAUUUUGUCUCUAUGUUAGAACAGUGUCCAUGAGGCAUUGGAAUGGAGUCAAUGAAAUUUGCCUUAUUUUGGCUGAUUGAGUUUUGCGAGGCACAGGUUCAGUCAACAAGGGCAGCUGGAGACGAAAACUGAAGAACUGAUUCAAUUUCUGUUGCUCAUGGCACUGUCAUUUUCACGUCCCUUUUCGAUAUAGAUAUAAUAAUCUGUACUGACUGUACAAGGCUAUCAUUAAUAGAUGUGUUUGGGGAUAUCAGCUUCCGACUCUUGACAUUUUGUCAGUAUUUGAACAGUGCGCUGCUUCAAUCAUGUCAUCAGGCUUUUAAAUUUGUGUGCCAGUUCUUACAACUAAAUAGAAGUGAAACUGCACUUGAUAAGUAUAUUUUCAUUCUUUUUGUACAAGAUAUAUUCUAUAAAUCAGCUUUUUUUAAUUGUUUUUUCUUUUUUAUAUACUGUUUACAUGAGCCUGUUAAGUUGUGCCUAACUCUAGAGAUUGACGACAUCACAGAUAUUUAUUUUACAUGCAUGAUCAUUUAGGAUGUGGCAAAGCAGAAUAUUUGCCUUUACAACAUUCACUUCUGCAUAAACAGUGAAUUCAGCAGCUUGGUAUAUACUUGGUAUCUUUUGGCUGUUCGAUGGGCCAUGGAAUUGAAAAAGUUUACUGUAACUGACAUUCAGUGCCUGGACAAAAUGGAGUUCAAGCUACGUGGGGUUGCUGGGAGAUUUUCUGGAUACCAAGCUUCUUGACUUAGUUUCUUGACUUCAACCUACAGAAAUGUCAGAAUGGAUUUUAAAAGAGGUGUGAAUGAAAUGAUCUUGAAUUAAAUAGCUUUGUACAGAAUUAUCAUGUUUUUCAAAGAUAUGUAAAUAGAAAAAUGUGUAAAUAAAUACUAUAUAUAUAAAUAUA